AUGACCACUUCCCUGCAAGAUGGGCAGAGCGCCGCGGAUAGGGCGGCUGCCCAGGACUCGCCGCUGGCUGCCCAGGUGUGCGGUGCUGCCCAGGGGAGGGGCGACGCCCGCGACCUGGCGCCUGCCCCCUGGUUGCACACGCGGGCGCUCCUGCCCCCUCCGGACGGGACCCGCGGCUGUGCUGCAGACAGGAGAAAAAAGAAAGAUCUUGAUGUUCUGGAAAUGCCAUCUAUUCCAAACCCUUUUCCUGAGCUAUGCUGUUCUCCAUUUACAUCUGUGUUGUCAGCAGGCCUGUUUCCCAAAGCAAAUUCAAGGAAAAAGCAGGUAAUUAAAGUAUACAGUGAAGAUGAAACCAGCAGGGCUUUAGAGGUACCCAGUGACAUAACUGCCCGAGAUGUUUGCCAGCUGUUGAUCCUGAAGAAUCAUUACAUUGAUGACCACAGCUGGACCCUUUUUGAGCAUCUGCCUCACAUAGGUCUAGAAAGAACAAUGGAAGACCAUGAGCUGGUGACUGAAGUGCUGUCUAACUGGGGAAUGGAAGAAGAGAAUAAACUAUACUUUAGAAAAAAUUAUGCCAAAUAUGAAUUCUUUAAAAACCCAAUGUAUUUUUUUCCAGAGCAUAUGGUGUCCUUUGCAACUGAAACCAAUGGUGAAAUAUCUCCCACACAGAUUUUGCAGAUGUUUCUGAGUUCAAGCACAUACCCUGAAAUCCAUGGCUUCUUACAUGCAAAAGAGCAGGGAAAGAAGUCCUGGAAAAAGAUUUACUUCCUUCUAAGAAGAUCUGGUUUAUAUUUUUCUACUAAAGGGACAUCAAAGGAACCACGGCAUUUGCAGUUUUUCAGCGAAUUUGGCAAUAGUGAUAUUUAUGUGUCCCUGGCAGGCAAAAAAAAACACGGAGCACCGACUAACUAUGGAUUCUGCUUUAAGCCUAACAAAGCGGGAGGGCCCCGAGACCUGAAAAUGCUCUGUGCAGAAGAAGAGCAGAGUAGGACGUGCUGGGUGACUGCGAUUAGAUUGCUUAAGUAUGGCAUGCAGCUGUACCAGAAUUACAUGCAUCCAUAUCAAGGUAGAAGUGGCUGCAGUUCUCAGAGUAUAUCACCCAUGAGAAGUAUAUCAGAGAAUUCUCUCGUAGCAAUGGACUUCUCAGGACAGAAAAGCAGAGUUAUAGAAAAUCCCACGGAAGCCCUCUCAGUCGCUGUUGAAGAAGGACUUGCUUGGAGGAAAAAAGGUUGUUUACGCCUGGCCACCCAUGGCAGCCCAACUGCCUCUUCCCAGAGCUCUGCCACAAACAUGGCCAUUCACCGGUCCCAGCCAUGGUUUCACCACAAAAUUUCUAGGGAUGAAGCUCAGCGGUUGAUUAUUCAGCAGGGACUUGUGGAUGGAGUUUUCUUGGUACGGGAUAGUCAGAGUAACCCCAAAACUUUCGUACUGUCAAUGAGUCAUGGACAAAAAAUAAAGCAUUUUCAAAUUAUACCAGUGGAAGACGAUGGGGACCUGUUCCACACUCUGGACGAUGGCCACACGAGAUUUACGGAUCUAAUCCAGCUGGUGGAGUUCUAUCAACUCAAUAAGGGCGUUCUUCCUUGCAAGUUGAAACAUUAUUGUGCUAGGAUUGCUCUUUAGCCAAACCAGAAGUGACUUGUUAAACUGUUGAAGAAAAAGGACUCACGACGGAAAAAAAAAAAAAAGAAAGAAAGAAAA